AUUUCCGGAGCCCCUCUUUAGUCUUUACUUGCGUGAAGAAAAUUUCUCCUGCUCCUCCUCUUCUUUUUUAUUUUUUAUUUUUAUUUUUCGUCCUCCUUUCGGUUCGUGCUCGUGUUCGUGCGUUGAUGCGCUUGCGCGAGAGCGUAUAAAUCCUCGCGGAUUUUCGGAUUUGGAGGGAUUCUUCUCCGCUUCCCCCGCCCUCAAAUCGCACCCCGGAUUUACUCCCCCAAUUCCUCGCUCUGCUCUGCUGCUGGAUUAGUGUUUCUUGGCGGGAUUUGGUGAGCGAUUGAUUCGAUUCGAUUGGAUUCGAUUCGAUUUGAUCCGCCGGAGGGGAGGGGGGGAGCUCGCCGCGGAGUUCGUCGCCAUUUCGAUCCGUACGGCGGCGUCGGGGUCGGCGUCGUCCUUGGAUGAUUCCGAUCGAUCCAGGGGCAAGGCCGCCAAGAUUUCGUCGGGCGGAGGCGGGGAUCGCGGCGGGAGGGGUGGAUCCAUGGCGACGGGGGAGAAGGCGCCGCGGGCUUUCUCGAUGGAGGAGCUCCCCGGCCACCUCAUCGGGGAGGUCCUGACCUCCGGCCGCCUCGCCGCCGGGGACCUCGCGCGGCUCGAGGCCACGUGCCGCGCGCUCCGCCCGCUCGCCGAGCACGCCGCCUCCAGGCUCUGCGCCGCGCGGGCGGCGUUCGCGGCCAUGGGCCCCGCCGCGCGCGGGGAGCUCCUGGAGCGGUGCGGCGGCAGCUGGAAGAAGGUGCUCAGGUUCCUGCAGUCCGUCGAGCAGUCCUCCGGCACCGUCCACACCUCCUCCGGCAACAUGCAAGUAGCGACAGGAAGAUAUCACACACUUUUGGUCCAUGACUCUUCUGUCUAUUCUUGUGGAUCCAGUUUGUGUGGGGUGCUAGGUCAUGGCCCAGAUACAACCCAGUGUGCGGCAUUCAGCAGGGUUCCCUUCCCAUCACUUUCUCGUGUUGUCAACAUCUCUGCCUCUCACAACCAUGCAGCUUUUGUCACAGAGUUAGGGGAGGUCUUCACUUGUGGAGAUAAUUCAUCAUUAUGCUGUGGUCACGGUGAGGUGGGGCGAACUAUAUUUCGACCAACCGAAAUAAAGGCCCUAAAAGGAAUUUCUUGCAAACAGGUUGCCACUGGUUUAAGUUUUACUGUCAUUCUUACAACGGAUGGGCAAGUAUAUACAUGUGGAAGUAACACACAUGGCCAGCUUGGUCAUGGUGACACAAUAGACAGGGCUACUCCAAAGAUCGUUGAAUUAUUUGAAGGCCUUGCUCCGGUAGUGCAGGUUGCUGCUGGUGCCAGCUAUACAUUUGCUGUAACGGAUGAUGGAACAGUUUAUUCCUUUGGCUCUUGUACCAACUUCUGCCUUGGACAUGGAGAUCAGCAUGAUGAACUUCGUCCACGUGCAAUCCAGUCAUUCAAGAGGAGGAAUAUUCAUGUGGUUCGCGUGUCUGCUGGUGAUGAGCAUGCUGUAGCUCUUGAUGCACUGGGUUAUGUUUAUACAUGGGGCAGAGGUUACUGUGGAGCAUUAGGCCAUGGUGAUGAGAAUGACAAAACUAGCCCAGAAUUGAUCAGCAGUUUGAAGAGUCAAGUUGCUGUGCAGGUCUGUGCAAGGAAAAGAAAGACAUUUGUUCUUACUGAUGAGGGCUCAGUUUUUGCAUUCGGAUGGAUGGGCUUUGGGAGUUUAGGGUUUCCUGACCGAGGAUCAUCCGACAAAGUAAUGAGGCCUCGAGUCCUCGAUAGUCUGCGUGAUCACUAUGUUUCACAAAUUAGCACUGGCCUGUACCACACUGUUGCAGUGACAAACAGAGGCAUUGUAUUUGGGUUUGGGGACAACGAGCGCGCACAACUUGGGCAGGAGUACAUUCGUGGGUGCUUAAAACCUACAGAAAUAAUGUUCCAGAAGAGUAUGGAAGAAAUAGUAAUUGCGGCACCCAGCGGGUAAAUUCAACUCCAAGAUGCAAUUUUAGUCCCAAUAAUAUGCAUAUUGUUUCCAUCCCAGGUUUCUUCUCUGCAAGUGUAUUUUUAUACUAGCUUUCAGUGAUUUGUGAGUAUAUGGUAAACGGGAGAAGAUCAAAGUUGGAGGACAGUGUUGUAGCUAAAGGAGCAUAUAGUGAGGUAAUUUGGUGGUGUAUUAAAUAAUUUAACUCGGCCAUUUUCUCAUGUAUAAAAAUUAUUGGUGUGAUUAGAGUGACAAACUAUUUCUUUCCCUUGGCUCAGUUAGUUCAAUCAAGUGUUGAACUGUUGGCUCUAGCA